ACGUGUUUCCUUGCACUGUACAUACGGACGUGUUUCCUGCUUUGCACUGUACAUGCGCACGUGUUUCCUUGCACUGUACAUACGCACGUGUUUCCUGCUUUGCACUGUACAUGCGCACGUGUUUCCUCGCACUGUACAUGCGCACGUGUUUCCUGCUUUGCACUGUACAUGCGCACGUGUUUCCUGCUUUGCACUGUACAUCCGUACGCGCUAUCGUCAGUGCGGGCUGGUUUUUCCCGGCAUCGUCGUCAUCAUCAGCAGCAGCAGCGAGCAACGAGCAGGAUGCACGACCUGACGGAGAGGGCGCGCUUGGUGACCAGCCACCUGAACUUCCUGUGGGAAGCGGCGGGGAGCUUGGGGACCGCGUGCCCCGAGCAGGCACGGUACCUGCGGUGCAUCUACAGGGAGCGGGCCGCGUGGGCAGCUGCUCAUAAAGUCACCCUCGACCGGCGGCGGCACCUGACGGGCUUCUGUGCGCUGUGCGGCGCCGAGCUGGGCGCCGGCUCGUGCCACGUGCGCCUGCGUCCGCGUCCGCGCGCCGCCGCGUCGCGGCGCGUCGCCGCGCUGCUUCGCGAUGCGGCGGCGCGGGAAGACCGCGGGGAGCGGCUGGAGCGGGGCGCCGCUCGGCGCCUGCGUCGACACCGCAACGCCGCCGGCACCGUCGCCAUAGCGUGCUUCACCUGCAAGAGGACGUCCCGGGUCCGUGGCAGCACGCGAGCCGAGAUCGCCGCGACGCUGAGCCACCGGCGUCACGGACACCGCCGCCGCCGCCGCCACCACGACGCCGGCGCGACGGAGGGUGGCGCCGUGGCCGGUGGGGGGGGGGGCGCACCCCGGCGCCGCAGGCGGCGACGCGCGACGCCGGCGCCCGGCGAGUCGGCGUCGUCCGGCAGAGCGACGCCGGCGUCGUCAGGCAGAGCGACGCCGGCGUCACGGACGCCGGCCAACUGGACGCCGACCACACCGAGGGGCAGGGCAACACCGCGUGCCGGCCCGGCAGCCACCACGCCCAGCAGGUCAACGCAAUCUCCCGCUGCCAGUACGCCCGGCAGCGCCAAGCGGAAACCCUUCGCUCAGCUCAAGCAGCUGCUGCAGAUGGAGCAGCAGAGGCAGCAGCAGAAGGGCAGCCUCAAAGACUUCCUGUCUUCCAUAUAAGCCAAUCCGCCUUGCUCGGUCUGUUCCUCCUAUAACGCCGCGUGUGGUUUUCAUAACACGAAUUGGCUAUAAUGCGACGAAUGUGUUUGGGAAUGUAUUUUAUUUAUAACGCGGAUACGAAUUGGAUAUAUAGCACGAUUGAGUGAACGGAACUACGUCGCGCGAGGAGGGAUAAGUGGUUGUACGGCUGCCUCGGCGUAGCAUCACACAUGGGGAUGCUGCUGGAUGCUUCUAGAUGCUACCCACGCACCUCAGUCUUGGCUC